GGCUGGUCUCGCUCAGCGCAGCCUUCGCCCGGGCAGCGCAGGCGGGCAGGGCGGAUGGACGGGCAGGAGCCCCUCGGCGGGGCAGCAGCCGGGCGCCUGCAGUCCAGGAGGAUGGAGGCCUCGUGCUUGGAAUUAGCUCUGGAAGGAGAGCGGGCGUGCAAGGCAGGGGAUUUCCCUUCCGGAGCUGCCUUCUUCGAACACGCAGUCAAAGUGGGGACGGAGGAUCUGAAGACCCUCAGCGCCAUAUACAGCCAACUGGGCAACGCCUACUUCUACCUGAAGGACUAUGCCAAAGCUUUGGAGUACCAUAAGCACGAUCUCACGCUGGCCAGAACCAUCGGGGAUCGGAUCGGAGAGGGCAAAGCCAGCGGCAAUCUUGGCAACACGCUGAAAAUCCUGGGCCAGUUCGACGAAGCCUUGGUUUGCUGCCAGAGACAUCUGGACAUCUCGCAGGAACAAGGAGACAAGGUGGGGGAGGCCCGAGCACUGUAUAACAUUGGCAAUGUCUACCAUGCCAAAGGCAAGGAAGCAUUGUGGACCCUACCCCAGGAGGAGCCAGGCCAGUUGCCCCAGGAGAUUCAGGAGGCUCUGCAAAAGGCAUCCGAAUUUUACAAGAGGAACCUUUCCCUCGUGAAGGAGUUGGCCGACAGAGCUGCACAGGGCCGGGCCUACGGAAACCUCGGCAAUGCCCACUACCUGCUGGGCAACUUCAGCAAAGCAAUUAUUUUCCAUAAGCAGCGGCUGAACAUCGCGAAGGAAUUUGGAGACAGAGCCGCUGAGAGGAGAGCGUACAGCAACUUGGCCAACGCUCACAUCUUCUUGGGGAGCUUCGAUAUUGCUGCGGAGUAUUACAAGAAAACCCUCCACCUCUCCAGGCAACUGAAGGACCAAACAGUGGAAGCUCAGACAUGCUACAGUCUUGGAAACACGUACACUCUUCUUGAAGACUACGAGAAGGCUGUGGAAUAUCACCUGAAACACCUGGCCAUUGCCCAGGAACUUGGUGACAGAGUGGGAGAAGGAAGAGCGUGCUGGAGUUUGGAGAAUGCUUACGUUUCACUUGGGAAGUAUGAACAAGCCUUACACUUUGCAGAAAAACAUCUCGAACUCUCCCAAGAGGAAGCCUGGGUGAAAACAGGAAAAUCCUCUGGAAGAUCAUCUAGCCACAUUUGACCCCAACUGACAAUAAGAAACUGCUUGAUGUACAAGCAGGAUUUUG